AUGGUUAGUGUUGUCAAGGUACAAGAUGAACCAAAUAGCACAUCACAACCAAAGAACAUAACAGAAACAUAUAACACACCAGAACCAAAUAACACAUCACAACCAAAGAACAUAAAAGAACCAAAUAACACACCAGAACCAAAUAACACAUCACAACCAAAGAACAUAGAAGAACCAAAUAACACACCUGAACCAAAUAACACAUCACAACCAAAGAACAUAGAAGAACCAAAUAACAUACCAGAACAAAAUAGCACAUCACAACCAAAGAACAUAGAAGAACCAAAUAACACACCAGAACCAAAUAACACAUCACAACCAAAGAACAUAGAAGAACCAAAUAACACACCAGAACCAAAUAACACAUCACAACCAAAGAACAUAGAAGAACCAAAUAACACAACAGAACCAAAUAACACAUCACAACCAAAGAACAUAGAAGAACCAAAUAACAGACCAGAACAAAAUAGCACAUCACAACCAAAGAACAUAGAAGAAUCAAAUAACACACCUGAACCAAAUAAAUACAUCACAACCGAAGAAUACACCACAACCGAAGAAUACACCACAACCGAAGAAUACAUCACAACCGAAGAAUACAUCACAAACGAAGAAUACAUCACAACCGAAGAAUACACCACAACCGAAGAAUACAUCACAACCGAAGAAUACACCACAACCGAAGAAUACAUCACAACCGAAGAAUACACCACAACCGAAGAAUACAUCACAACCGAAGAAUACAUCACAACCGAAGAAUACAUCACAACCGAAGAAUACACCACAACCGAAGAAUACAUCACAACCGAAGAAUACACCACAACCGAAGAAUACAUCACAACCGAAGAAUACAUCACAAACGAAGAAUACACCACAACCGAAGAAUACAUCACAAACGAAGAAUACAUCACAACCGAAGAAUACACCACAACCGAAGAAUACAUCACAAACGAAGAAUACAUCACAACCGAAGAAUACAUCACAACCGAAGAAUACACCACAACCAAAGAAUACAUCACAACCGAAGAAUACAUCACAAACGAAGAAUACAUCACAACCGAAUAA